AUGACGCUCCUUGACAACGCCACCUCGAGCACGCAAGCCGUAGCCGGCCAAUAUGAAGGCUUCAGAGACUAUCAAUCGCAUUUUCUAUUGGGUCUUGCCUUGGUCGUUGUACUAUAUGGCCUCCUGCGCAACGACGACGCCAAGAAACUACCCAUCAUCAACCCACAGAAAUGGUUUCAACUGACCGCCUCUGAGUCUAUUAUGUCGUUUGCCUUAGCUGGGCGCGAACUUCUCGAAGAGGCCAGGCGAAGAUUCGGGGCUACGCCGUUUCGCGUCUUGACGGACCAGGGUAAAUUCAUCAUGCUUCUGCCGCAGCACGGUGAGGAGAUCCGCAACGAUCCUCGCUUUAGCGUUGACGAGCCUAUUAUCGAACUGUUCCAGGCGAGGUAUCCUGGAUUCGAACCUUUCAUGGAGGGCGCCAUUCCUACAAAGCCUCUGCAAAAUGUGGUUAAAUUGCGUGUCACUAAAUCUCUAGCCAAGGUCACCCAGCCUUUGUCAGAUGAAUGCUCCGUGACACUUCAAGAGUUUCUCGGUGACACAAAAGAGAUUGUUCUUAGAGACCUGAUCAUCCGCCUCAUUUCGAGAAUGUCAGCUCGCGUCUUUGCCGGCGAGAACUUAUGCCGCAACGAGCGUUGGCUCGACCUCGUCGUGAACUACGGCGAGAACAGCGUCUUGGGCAUGCGCAAAUUGCGCCUCUGGCCCAGUUUUCUCAAGACCAUGGCCACCAACUGGAUUCCCGAAUGCAGAGACCUUAAAGCUCAGGUGAAGGAGGCCUGGGAUCUCGUCGCUGCCGAGCUGGAGGCGCGCCACGCUAAGAAUGACGGCAAGGAGUACAACGACACCAUCUACUGGUUCGAGGAGCUUGCUGCUGGGAAGCCGUACAACUUUGGGGCGUCGCAGCUGAUGCUGGCGGUCGUAUCCAUCGGCACGACGUCUGAUCUCAUCACGCAGGCCUUGGUCGAUAUAUUUCAGCACCCCGAGCUAAUUGAGCCUUUGAGAGAGGAGAUUACCGGAUGUCUCGAGAAAGAGGGGUGGAAGAAAACGGCGCUUUACAACAUGAAGCUUCUCGACAGUGUUCUCAAUGAGAGCCAACGCCUCAAGCCCAACUAG